AUGCCGCCGAAACGCAAAAUCACCAGCCCGCUUCCCGAUCCGCCCCGUCCCAAGUCACUACGCCGAAGCAACCGGAAAGUACCAGAGCGGCCGAGCGAGGGGAUCCGGGUUGGCUCCCCGGAGACGAGAUCGGCCCUCGAGCGGGAGGUUCUGGAACUCGGCGAGAUGGAGCAGAAGCUGCAGAGCGAGGCCCUGAAACAGCGUCUUGCCGUCGAGGACUCUGCCAUCAUCAUGGAGACCUCGAGGCCGGCGAAGAGAGCGGGUCGAACGUCGUCGAAGAUGGUGGACAAGGUCGUCGUUCCCAACACGUCCAAUGGCUCCGCUGACGCCAAAACCGGAAUUGAUGAGCACAUGGGAAACGAGACAGAGAACGGCAUCGAUCUGGACACCCCGUUCAUGCUCGCCGGCAGGGAUGGACAGAUCAAGAGCGGCAGAAGACCGCCACCGAUCAAUAGUGAGAUGUUACCUUUGCCCUGGUUGGGCCGACUGGGUUAUCAGGCGUGCCUCAACACGUAUUUACGAUCCGCCAACCCGCCUGUAUUCUCCUCAAGGACUUGUCGUCUCAGCUCCAUCCUCGAGCACCGUCACCCCUUGCAGAAUCCUGACCAGCCGGAGCAUGCGGUCAAAAACCGACCGGACAAGUCGAAACCGGCUGAUGUCGGGAGGGGUCAGAAGUACGUGCAGGAAAUCGGCCUCGCCAACGCAAGGGACAUUGUGAAGAUGAUUCGAUGGAACGACAAGUACGGUAUACGCUUCAUGCGACUCAGCAGCGAAAUGUUCCCCUUUGCGAGCCACGACGAGCAUGGGUACCGGCUGGCUCCUUUUGCCUCUGCCGUAUUGGCCGAGGCUGGACGGGUAGCCGCCGAGCUUGGCCACCGGCUUACCAUGCACCCCGGACAGUUUACGCAAAUUGGAAGCCCCCGGAAGGAGGUGGUGACGGCUGCCAUUCGAGAGCUGGAGUACCACGACGAGCUGCUCUCCCUCCUCAAGCUCCCGGAACAGCUCAAUCGAGACGCCGUCAUGAUCAUGCACAUGGGGGGCGUGUACGGGGACAAGGAGGCGACCCUCGACCGGUUCCGCCAAAAUUAUGCAAAACUCUCUGACGGAGUAAAAAGGCGGCUGGUCCUGGAGAACGACGAUGUCUCGUACAGCGUUCACGACCUGCUACCCAUAUGCGAAGAGCUCAACAUUCCCUUGGUCUUGGAUUAUCAUCACCACAACAUUGUCUUCGAUCCCUGCUUGCGGGAGGGAACGUUGGACAUCAUCGGCUUGUACGAUCGUAUUCGGGCCACCUGGACAAAGAAGCAGAUCACGCAAAAGAUGCACUACAGCGAGCCGACGGCAGCGGCUGUCACGCCCCGCGAUCGGCGGAAGCACUCGGCUCGGGUCAAAACCCUGCCACCUUGCGCGCGAGACAUGGAUCUCAUGAUCGAAGCAAAGGAUAAGGAGCAGGCCGUAUUCGAACUUAUGCGGACUUUUAAGCUGCCCGGCUGGAACCGAUUCAACGACAUCAUCCCCCAUGAGCGCGACGACGAGCCACGGCAGGCUGUUGUGAAGAAGGGCAGGAGCACGAAGCAGAAAACAGAAGACGGCCUGCCAGAACACGAUGGCAAUUCCGGAGACAAGUUCGUUGACCCUGAAGACAUCGGCAUGGGCGGACCAGACUCCAGGGUUUUCUGGCCCGAGGGCAUGGAGGAAUGGCUGCGGCCGAGGAAGCGGGAGGGCAAGAAAAGCAACGACAAUGGGCAAUAA